AUGUACGGCGAGGACUCCAGCGGGAGGCGAGUGUCGCUUCUCAAUCACUCUUCCUCCAACACUACUACCACCACCCAAAACACUUUCUCACAACCCAAAAUCCCCAACCGUUCACGCAUCUCAAUAUCAUCUGUAUCAUCCUGCACAUCGCGCGACGGCUACAACUCUUCACCUUCGACCAGUAGUUCCGGUUCACCGCGGCACACUCGCUCCCCGCCAACACCUCAGCUCGUGCGCUUCGACUCACAAUCCUCCCUCUCCCAGUCAACUCCAUCGCCAAUGACACCCAGCAACGGCUUCGAUCUCAUGGACGGCCAGCAUCCGAAAAACAAAAAUUACAACGAUCUACUCAACGGCAAUGGCAAUAGCCUGCCCUACUACACCAACCCCGCCUUCGGGCGCUCCAACCCCAAUGGCUAUCCGACCCUACACGAAGCAUCUCAACAACCCUACUACAAUCUCGAUUCCCAGCAGCCUCUCCCAAGCCUGAACGGCUACCCAGACGGACUCUUCCACCACCGCGGUACCCUGCAGCCUUUGCAAACCCAGCUCCAACACCCUUACAGUACGAACACCUCCCCAAUCCUCCCGACACCCUCAUCGGCAACCUCAACCAACACACCCUCCCACUCCCUACCACCGAUCUCCGCAACGAUAAAAACCGGUCCCAACACCCCCAUCACAACCUCCCUCACCGCCUCCACCACCGCCACCGCCAACGGCCACGCAGCUAGGCACGGGAAAAAACACACCGGCGAGAAAAACAUCCUGUGUCCUACGUGCAAAAAGGCAUUUACAAGGAAGGACAACAUGAAACAACACGAGCGCACCCACAGGCACUCCAACAGCAAGAACGAUUCCGUUGCAGGCUCCCCUGUCAUCGGCAGCGCCAAAGGGAGCCGUCGCGCGAGCUCGAGCGCGGGGGCCGAUGCGAUGGAUGUGGACUCGGAUGGCAGUGGAAUGGGCAUGGAGCCGCCGCGGGCGGGGAGGGUGGCUCGGCCGAAGAUGCAGAGGAGCGAGCUGAGCGAAAUUAUGGAGGGGUUGGAUCGCGAGAACGGGAUGCAUAAGGAUGAGGAUGCGGAUGCGGACGGCGAGGAGGGCGAGAGCCCCGGGUUGGAUGCGCUGGCUACCGCGGCCAGUGAGUUGGCUUGA